AUGGAGGGUGAGCCAUCCUCUGAUGCCUCCAGUGCCAACACACCUGCUAACCGGGGCGAAACACCGGUCCGCACCAAGGCUGUCCAAAGCGCGUCUUACAUGGAAGGCAACCUCGAUGCAGCUCGCGGAGCUGUGAUGCAAGAUCUUGGAACGACCAUACCGGAGGUCUCGACCAGAUUCUUCCAGACGCACCUCCUUCCUCCGCUUCCCGCAGAUAUUAACGUCAAACAAGUAGUCAACAAACUCCGCAAAGGCAAAGGCAAAGGCAUCAAAGGGAACCGUUGUGCAAAAUUUCCGAAGGAUCCCAAAAAUUCUACCGAGUGCGAGGAUGGCUGCUUUAAAUCUCUCGAAGAUGUGGCAACAGCUAUCGAGGCGGUUACAAGUGCAAUGACAGGCAAGAAACAGCUGCUCAAAUUUGUUCAGAACCCAGGCGACGCGCCCGAAUCCAGUAUGAGGACGUCGAAAAGUCGCCCGGAUGGAUGUUUCAUGCUCAAGUCACAGCAUAAGCGUAGCUUGCGAUGGAUGGAUAUCGCGCUUUCCGCUGAAUACAAGAAGGUGGAGACCCUUGCAACUAAGGAUGAUCUGUGGCAGGAUGUUCGAAAGGUUAUCUGGAGCAUGCAUCAUUGCAUGCGGGAGGAUGCGAGACGCCGGUUCACUUACGGGCUCACAGUUGAAAAUAGGACGAUGCGGAUGUGGUUCGGCAGCCGCACAGAGCUGCUUGAGCACCAUAAGGUCGUUCAUUUCUUCGUCGCGAUGAUGUAUGCGGCUGAACAUGAAGCGGGAUGGGAUCCCACGAUUCAAUAUGUCUGGAAAAACGACAAAAAGAACGACGAGCUUGUGUUGGACGAAGAAGACAACCCCCGCCUCGACAUCGAUGUCCAAGAUGGGAAUGGAAAGGUCGUACGAUAUCGGACGACUAAAUGGUUAUCAGACGAUGGCGCAAAUGGUCUGCGAGGCAGGGGUACGCGCGUCUGGGAGGUGUGUAUACUCGACAAGGGCGGGGAAGGUGUCGAUCGCUUUGCUCUCAAAGAUCAGUGGAUCGAUCACGACCGACUACGAGAAGGCAUGAUUAUACACCAGCUUCGGAAUGCAACAACAUCUGAUGCGACACCUGAUGCGACAAAGCGCAUUAUCGAACAAUCGCUACUCACUGUGGAGCAUCACGGAGAUGUCUACGUGGAAGGCAUGCUCGAUCAUACCCGCAAUCUCAUGACACGCAACGGCCGGCCGCACCCCUAUACCCGCUUCAAACUUCAGGAGCUUCCGGAGAACGGAGUCAAAGAGACCACUACAACCAAUCCGAAACAACGAACACCGGCAGGCGUGGGCUACCACCAGUCCCCAGAGGAACUGACGACACCGUCCGUACAGAAGAUCGAGACGUACCAUCCAAAGGUUCAUUACCGUAUCGUGUUCAAGGAGGUAUGCAAGCCGAUUCAUGAAUACACCUCGCUUAAGGAAGUCUUUGCCAUUCUCGUGCAUGCUGCACUUGCACUGAUGGCCUUGCAUGAUCUUGGAUGGGUACAUCGCGACACCAGCAUAGGCAACCUCCUCGGCUUCAUUCUGAAUGGAGUGCUGUAUUGCAAGCUCUCAGAUCUCGAAUAUGCAAAGCCGAUGGAUGACUGUUUGGGACACGAAAUCCGGACUUUUGCAUUGCUUAUCGCCGUCUCCUGUGAACAGGGAACUAGAUCGUUCAUGUCAGUCGAAGUCUAUGAUCUGAAGUACAGAUUUACCUCGUCAAAAUCACUGAAAGCAAAGGCGGAAGAAGCCGAGCCUCCAAUGACACAUGCUGACUGUCAAGUCGCGUGGGACCUGGUUAAUGCAUCACAACAUGGUAAUCCUGAGACCACUGGUAAGCUCAAGACGACCUCCAGUAAGAGUACUACCAUCAGGCCAUUCCGGUACAACGCCCUUCAUGACAUUGAAUCCCUUUGGUGGGUGGCGAUAUACUUCAUCUUCAACAGGUCGGUGGUCAAAGUUGAUGGCGAACCCCCAUCCAUGGAUGCGUUGCAGCGGGGAAGCUACGAAGUUCAGAAAUGGUACGCUGACUUGCUGACCACGUCACCGCACGAGAGACUAGCUGUUCUUAAAGACGACCUUGCCCUGGAGACGGAAAUUAUCCACUUACAUGUCGCCAUGCGGGGGAUUGCCAACGAGCUCAACAAGACCAGGGCAAAACUAGUCGAGUGUUAUUACAAGGCUGAGGAGGAUCUAGACGCAAUCCGUCACACAAUCGGCCACAACCUCCUCUGUAAUAUCUUCAUAAAGAGCUUCAUAACAAUUCGCGAUAACCUCCGUCUAAAGGACAUUGAAAUCGACAUCCUGCGCAAGGACCCACGACAAGAGGUCGAGAAUCCAUGUGAGAUCCCGACUGCCGAGGGUUGGGACGUUGCUACCAAUAACAAUAAUGGUACCAACACGGGACGAAAUUCAGAUGCAACUGACCGGGGGUCCGACUUCGAGGGCCAAGCUCGAGAGGUGGGCGUCGGAGACAUCGCCGAAGAGGCAACUGCCAAGGAUGGUGCGCAAAACGUAGUUGUCGAAGACCCCGACGCUGGACGAUCCGUGGACAAGACUACCGGUCCAUCCGUCCCUCAAAUCUCGACAGAGCCCCUUGUCGAAGGACGCUCUACUCGUCCGCAGCGUAAGCGUGCUCCUCCCGUCCGAUAUACGGGGACAGAGUACAAUUUGAAGAAGGGCAUGACGAGCAAGACCGCAUCAUCGUCAUCAGCUCCGGCUGCAGCAUCAAAGACUGCGACCGGCCAAUCGACCUCAGGGACUACGUCUAGCACUAAGAAUAAGGCAAAGUCAAAGGCAAAGUCGAAGGCAAAGUUAAAGACGAAAGGCAUCCAAGCAAAAGAUGAGUCCGUUCCCCAAGCCGUGAUUGAUAAAUUCUACAGUACAGGAGCCGCCCCAUCUUUUCACCGCGAAUUCGAUAACUCGAGGCCGCCUUCUCUCUGGUGCUUCUGCUGCAGCAACGCGCCCUUGGGCUUGAUGCUCGUGAUCACGUCCGCCAUCCUGUAUAUCGGCUGUAAGAUCGGCCGUGGUUCGUUCGGCCGUGCGAGCUAG